AUGGCCACCCACCUCGCUGCAGUCGCCCUCGCCAAAGGUGACCCUUUCGUGGUGCAGACCCGCCCCACGCCGAGGCCGGGCCCGGACGAGCUCCUCAUCGAGGUCAAGUCCGUCGCCCUGAACCCGGCCGACCGCCUGAUGCGCGACCAAGGUCUCUUCAUCCCGACCUACCCUACGGUCAUCGGCUUCGAUGUCGCGGGGCUCGUCCUCGAGGUCGGCGAAAACGUCCCCGUCGACGCCACCGCCGACGACGACGGAGUCGCCGGCCUCCGCCGGCCCCUUUUCCAGCCGGGCGUCACCCGCGUCGCCGCCUACGCCGCCUCCUUCUGGAGAUCCUUCGGGCCCGACUACGGCGCCUUCCAGGAGCGGUGCCUUGUACCCUGGCAGCACGCCGCGCCGCUUCCGGACGAGGGCAUCUCCUGGAACCAGGCGGCGACCCUACCCGUCGCUGUCCAGGUGCCCCUCAGCGCGUGGGACGCCAUGGGGCUUCCUCGGGUGGGAGAGGCCACUGCUUCUUCUUCUUCUUCUUCUUCUUCUUCAUCUUCUUCAUUUUCCGUCUCUGCCGCCGCCUCAGUCGGUCUCGAUGUGAACGAGGAAGCUCGAGACGAUAAGAGGCACAAGAGGGAAGCCCUGCUGGUCUGGGGCGCUUCCUCCAGCGUGGGCACGAUGGGCGUGCAGACGGCCCGGCUGCUGCGGGGAGACCACGACUCUGCCAUCGCCGCCGUCUACGCCGUGUGCGGCGCGGCGAACCGGACGUACGUAGGCUCCCUGGGCGCGGAUCGCGUCUUCGACUACAAGGACCCGCGGGUGGUGGGGGCGAUUGUCUCGGCGGCCGGGGAAGAUGGCCUCACGAUCAGGCAUUGUUUUCUCGCCACGGGGCAGCUGGCGCCGUGCCAGGCCGUCCUUAAAGCUUUCAUCGCGGACGAUCAGGGCAGAGGGGGCCGGAAGAAAGCCAAGAUCGCGUCGGCGCCGGUCGUGCCUCCGGAUGCGGAGGAGGUGGAGGGGAUGGAGACCAUCUUCGUGAUGCCGUCGAUGGGCGAAGGGGAGAGGAUGACCCAGUUCCGGUACUGGAUGGGCACGUGGAUGAGGCAGAAGCUGGCCGGCGGGGCCAUCCGCCCGAGUCCGGAUCCGAGGGUUGUGGGGAAGGGGUUGGAGGCCAUCAAUGCCGGGCUGGACGUGCUCGCCCGGGGCGUGAGCUGUGCCAAGUUGGUUGUCGAGGUUGCGGAGUGA